UUUAAUGCAUUGUUUAUUUCAUUUUUCUAACAGGGUCAAACAAGAUCGUUUUAAAUAAAAGCAUCUAGAAAUGAUGCAAGAAAACGUUCGUCAGGAUUUACUUGCUUUUGUACCAUCUUCAAUUUUAGGAGAAAUUAAAUGUUUUGCUUUCUAUGAUAACCAUCCAAGAGGCGAUAGACAAAUUGAUAUUUUAGUUUGUACACAACGGAACGAAGUGAUAGAGUUUUACAAGAGAGAACAAAUAUCAUCAUUACUGUUAAAUACUUCUCAGAAUUUUCGUGAAGUUCGCGGUUUUAGAAAUGAGACUUGCGAACUUUUUUAUUUUGUUGCUACAGACGACGAACUUUUUAUACUAUCAAGUAAAAAUAAUUUAAAUCUCAUACACAGAUUAACAGAUGUUCAUAGUUAUGAAGUGUUUGAUAUUGGAUGCAGUGGCAAAGCUUGUCUAAAAGUGAUUUGCAAAGAUGACGCAGUGCCUUUACUUUUUGAUGAUAAUUUCAAAAUUAUUAAUGAAGGAAGUAUUGAAUUGGAUACAUUACAUUUAGAUGAUUCGGCUCCAAUUAUAAUGCAAUUGACUAGAAAACUAAAAGAAGUGGAAUACAAUAUUAAAUGCAAUGAAAACAAAUACAAUGAAUAUUUAAAUUUAAGAAAAAUGGCCACAUUUCAUUUAUAUCAGAAGAUUUCGCCAAACCUAAGUGAAUCUCUAUUCAAUUUAAAUUCUAAAGAAAUAGCUUCUUCUAUGAAUUUAAAAACAUGGAUCCCAUGGAUAAAAUUGUGUAAUAAAAAAGUUGUUGUAGCUUUUAACUUGUUAAAUAACAAUAAUGUAUUACUCGAGGAUGUAUAUGUUCUGUUAAACAGUCCUAAAAAAAGAUCCUUAGUAUAUGUGACUAAACUUUUUCAUCAAAUACAAGAUGAUUGGAUGGAAAUUAAAGAUCAAUAUGUAAAACCUAAAACUUUAGUCACAGUUGUAACUUGCUUUGAUAUAAAAGAAUUACAAAAUGAUGCAACCAGUGGUUUAGAGUUUGAUAUGGUUUUAACUUUUAAAAAGUCUGGAGAAAAUUAUCUACUGCCGUUUGAAAAAUGUUCAAUAUCAGCAUCGGAUAUUAUGGGAGAAAACUUUGAUGUUCUUGCCAAUAACAAAGAUGAACAACAAACCUUUUUAUCAAUACUGGCAACAUCUGAAAAGAUGACUUUACUACUUCGUCAUAUCAAAGAUCAAGGAGAGGCAAUAACACUGGCUGAUAUAUUCAGUAAACAUUUGAAAAUGGAACAAUUUAAAACGAUAAAAAAUGUAUUCAUACAUAAAUCAUCACCUUAUCAUACACUUUAUGGUGUAAUGGUGAUGUGUCAAAAUGGUGAUGUAGAAUAUGGUGAUAAGUUUACUAUAGAAGUACAUUCAAGAUGUCUGUCGCAAAUAGUAUUGUUAAUUCAUUACAUCAAUGAUGUUGUGCCAUUUCGAAUUAUAGUCACAACGCCAAAUUACAAAAUUACAUCCAAUAUAACGGAAUUAACCCAUUAUAAUGAGGAAAUAACACUUGACAAUGAAAAUAGCAUAAAUUACAUGCAAUUAGGUCCGUCUGCUUUGAAUCAAACAUCAAUGUUACUAGAAUACCUUGAUAUGUGCAUGAUUAAUAUGAAUAUGAGUAAAGAUCAUGUGAUAUUAAAUAAAGUUGGCAGUGAAAUUGAUUUAUUUGCCUGUGGAUUAGACAAAUUUACAGAAUUCAGAAACAGAUUAAUAAAUGAAGUAUAUGCUGGUAUACAAAAUUUUGAGAAAAGUAAUAACUCAAUACAUGUCAGUCAGAAUUCAGUGGAAAUGAUUAUAGACGACGAUGAAAUGUAA